GUUGGUUGGGGUACGCGACGCGCGCCGUGAUGCAUCGUCACGGGAAGACGUCAAAAUGAGAGCAUCCUCGUGAUAGCUCGCAGUGCGACGCGGUGCAAGUGUGCGGUGCAGUAUUUUAGCUGCGACAGUAAUACAAUACUCCAGCGGUGCGGUCAGCGACGGUCCGAUGUUGCGCGACAGACAGCCACGCUGACACAAAAACGCUACGGCGAGCCGAAACCAAGUCCACAGCGAACACAGUUCUGACAGCUUCUUCUUUCUCUCUUUCUCUCUCUCUCUCUCUCUCUCUCUCUCUCUCUCUUUCUCUCUCUCUCUUUUUCUCAUUCAUUCGUCUGGCAGUCCGAGGAAAACGAACGAAAGAAUGUGUGUUUCACAUGACGUCACAUACACAUCUUAUCCAUAUAGGGAAACCACAACAUUAGGGGACCUGCUGCAGGCACAUUUGAGACCUGCGGUGGUUGGUGAAUGGUGUUGCAGAUAGAUUCUGUGUGGGGCUGGGCGUCACCCCCGCUGCGCCUCCAGCUAGCCGGGGGGACCAGGGGUGCCUCGGGGAGAGCGGCUACAGGCGUCCCAUCCUCGCAGAGGAUGGGUGAAAUAGUCGUGGAACGCGCUCCUUCCCCAGCACGCCUCAGUCAUACGUCUGAGAAGCAUCCCCGUGCAACACUUACCGAGCUCAAUGUCCUUCGUCGUCAUCGGGAAUUGUGCGACGUUGUUCUCAAUGUUGGCUCCAGAAAGAUAUUCGCGCACCGCGUCAUCCUUUCAGCAUGUAGCCCAUAUUUUAGGGCAAUGUUUACUGGGGAGCUGGCGGAAUCUAGACAAACUGAAGUAACAAUACGCGACAUAGACGAAAUGGCUAUGGAACUACUUAUAGACUUCUGUUACACUUCUCAUAUUAUCGUCGAAGAAGCGAAUGUUCAAACUCUCCUUCCAGCAGCGUGCCUUCUUCAAUUAGCAGAAAUUCAAGAUAUAUGUUGCGAAUUUCUCAAACGCCAAUUAGAUCCAUCAAAUUGCUUGGGUAUCCGGGCGUUCGCGGAUACCCACUCUUGCCGCGAACUUUUACGUAUUGCCGAUAAGUUUACACAACAUAAUUUUCAAGAGGUAAUGGAAAGCGAAGAAUUUUUAUUACUACCCGUGGGGCAAUUGGUAGACAUUAUUUCAUCGGAUGAAUUAAAUGUGCGUACGGAGGAGCAAGUUUUUAGCGCUGUGAUGAAUUGGGUGAAAUACAACGUCACGGAGCGACGACAACAUCUUGCGCAAGUCUUGCAGCACGUGCGACUGCCAUUACUCAGUCCAAAAUUUUUAGUUGGUACCGUUGGAUCGGAUUUGUUAGUUCGUUCUGACGAUGCUUGCAGAGAUCUCGUGGAUGAAGCAAAGAAUUACCUACUUUUGCCGCAAGAGAGACCAUUGAUGCAGGGACCUAGAACAAGACCCAGAAAACCUACGAGACGAGGAGAGGUGCUGUUCGCUGUUGGUGGAUGGUGUUCGGGUGACGCCAUUGCCAGCGUCGAGAGAUUUGAUCCUAAUACUGCCGAUUGGAAAAUGGUCGCGCCGAUGAGUAAACGGAGAUGUGGAGUGGGCGUAGCGGUAUUAAAUGACUUAUUAUACGCUGUCGGCGGACAUGACGGACAAAGCUACUUAAAUAGCAUCGAGCGAUACGAUCCACAAACGAAUCAGUGGUCUUGCGACGUUGCUCCUACCACAUCUUGCAGGACCAGCGUAGGUGUCGCUGUGCUGGAUGGCUUUCUGUAUGCAGUCGGUGGUCAGGACGGAGUACAAUGCCUUAAUCAUGUGGAAAGAUACGAUCCUAAAGAAAAUAAAUGGUCUAAAGUGUCGCCAAUGACUACUAGAAGAUUGGGAGUAGCGGUUGCAGUACUCGGAGGUUAUUUAUAUGCCAUCGGCGGGUCUGAUGGACAGUCACCCCUUAACACGGUAGAAAGAUACGAUCCAAGACAGAAUAAAUGGUCUCAAGUGUCCCCGAUGUCUACGAGACGUAAGCAUCUAGGCUGUGCUGUAUUUAAUAAUCUAAUUUAUGCUGUGGGAGGACGAGACGAUUGCAUGGAGCUCUCCAGCGCGGAACGUUAUAAUCCUCAUACGAAUUCCUGGAGUCCUAUAGUAGCUAUGACAUCUAGAAGAAGUGGUGUGGGUCUAGCGGUAGUAAACGGUCAAUUGUAUGCGGUAGGCGGAUUCGAUGGAACCGCGUAUCUAAAAACAAUCGAAGUAUACGAUCCGGAGCAAAAUCAAUGGAAGCUAUGUGGUUGUAUGAAUUACAGGAGACUUGGCGGAGGUGUGGGAGUGAUGCGAGCUCCACAAACCGAGAAUUACAUUUGGUAGCUCAGGCCCCCCUCUUCAGCCCAGAUGGCUGAAACUCCUUUAACUCCUCUUACACCGGUAACGCCAGUUACACCUAUAACACCUCCCGCUCCUGUAUCGGUUCCUGUUAUAGCUAGUACUAGAAAACGCUACCGCCGAUCGAUGAGCAUUAUAUAAUAUAAGUAAUGUAUGCAUUUUGUAAAAAGACUUUGCCUUUCUCUGAAUUUCUACGAGAACAUUCUGCGCAUCGAUCUUCGGUAUUUAAUUUAUUAUCAACUUGAAAAUCUCUUCGCUCGAUUCAACGCACACAUCAUUUACGAUAAAAAAAGGUGCAGAUAUUCUAUCGAUUUACUGCCAUCGUUUUGUAUUUUUAUUACAUCACAUUAUUUUAUAAGAUUCUUCAUCAAUAUGUUAUUUGUAUUUUAUUACAGAGUGCAAUACACGAAUUUCAACUAUUUUAAAUUUAAGUAUCUAUAUAAAGCAUUCUUGGGGAAAUGUUUCGCAACAAUUGUAUAUACAAUGUUUCAAACAACAUUUUAUUACAUGAAAAUGAUUUAUUAUAUUUUAUUAUAUGAAAACAAAAGAAAGGCAAAAUCUCUUCCCUAACAUUUGCCAGAAUCAUGUUUUGAAAAGACAUUGACAGCUUCCACAUUUUUCGGUAAAUGAUCGAAAUAAAAGCUUAAGUUUUCAGUAGAGUUUCAAUUUAAUUGCAAAGGGUCAUUUUUGUACCCACGACAUUCAAAAAUGUAAUAUAAGACGCAAUUAUUUCUCUCUCUCUCUCUCUCUCUCUCUCUCUCUCUAUCUCUCUCUCUCUCUCUAUCUCUGUAAGAAUAGUCUGCUUUAAGUAUGUAGAUAUCUACUUUUGUUUAUAAGACUGAAUUUCAACCAGAGAAUAUUGAGAUAUUGAAUCGUGAUAAGUACAGUUUACAUUCUCUUAUAAAGAAAUAUCAAGUUACAUCACAGUUUCUAAACAAAAAUCUGCGAAUAAUUUGUUAUAUCCAAUUUAUUUGAUGCAUUUAUUAUGUUCUCGACGAUUUAUGACGAAUGCCAAGAUGCACGCCCGAGAAAAAGCAAUAUGUAUAAUACUUGAGAUUAUAAAUUAUUUUAAUGUGACAUUCGAAAUCAUUUCUUCGCGUUGCUGCAAGAAAACGCCAUUUAACUAACAUCAUCUGUUAGAUACGUUUAAAUCUCUACAGAGGAGUAACCUUAUCGUACAAAAUGGUGAUAGGGAUCAUUGACCAAUAAUCUCAUAAUGUAACAUUCGUUAUGAUUAUGAAUAAGAAUCGGCAAAAUUGACUAAGGGCGACCAAUAUUAUACCAAUAAUAAUUGUUUAUGAUUUAUUUUGAUGAAAAUCAAAUGGUACAUUACUGAGAUGAUGUAUAAAAGGCAAAAGCGCUUAAAUCCAUUCUGCAAUAGCCAUAAUAUAAGACCGUAAAGUUGUAAGAUAUAGUUGUAAGAGCUUGUAAGCCAAUGAAUAACUUUCAUUUCUUACGUUACCACCUUAUGGUCUUGUAAUUAUGGCUAUUGUAGAAUGUGCUUUACAAACUGUCGCUGUUACAUAUAUGAGAUUGUUGAAGGCAGCACAAUGCAUGUCUAGCGUAAGGACAUAUUGAUGAUGUAAUGUAAUUCUUUCUAAGCAGCCAAUUGCAAAGAUGAUUAUUCCGAUUUUCUCGAGUCCUAUGAUGGCUCAUUAACGCAUUUCUCAAUUAACUGUUGGACUAUAUUCUGGAUAGUCUUCACAUUUAAGUUGUAAGCUCGUGAUACUAUAGAGGUGAAAUUAUUGUUCAGUUAACCAAAUUAAAUGUUACAAUGGUACAAAUUAUCGUAAUUCGUGAACAAAGUUCAAAUAAGUGUUCAAUAUCUAAUCUUGUUUAAUUAAUUCUGAAGAAGAUGCAGCUAUAUGUCCCAGGAAAAUGUAAUAUUAUUAUUUCCAUAUUUUAUAUGCAUAGUAUUAGCAAAUUAAUUUUAACUUGUGUCAAAAGUACAUAAGAAAUCAAAUCUGUAUUGUAUCGAAUUUUAAUGGCACGUUUCCCAUAAACAGGAAGCAUUAAGAGUGAUUACGUUGUCGAUUAGCGCGCAUAGUAAUCCUGAGUCAAGCACGAAGCGUUAAUGCAAAUAUAUUGUUUUCAUGUUACUAAACGAGAUCAAAAACUUGUUCUGUAAAACUGUUCAGUACAAAGGAAGAGUAAUAGGAUUUCUUUCCUGUUCUUUAUCAAUAAAUUAAAGAAAGUGCGCAUUAGAAAUUUGCGCGAACCAUUA